UGUCAUCAUGCACAGCAGGUGAGCACGCAACAGUUUCACAUCUUCCAUAUCCCUACGCUUGUGUCUCGGUGAGUGGUGAGAGUGUGGAUAACAUACCUUCGCAAUUGUCUAUUUUAUCGACGAAGUUUUUAUUGCGAGGCAACUAUCACCAAAGAGGUCUUUCUUUCGUCGUUUUUAGUUUCCUUUACAGCCAAGUUUUGUAAAAGGUGUACCCAGCACACCUGAUUGAAAGCUAAAUAUCGCUUCGGGCGUGAAUUUUUAAUCAAGUGUCGGACAUAUUUUCUUUAGCCAUCACCCUGUGAAUUGAACAUCCAUGUUGAGGCAGCUACAUGUUGCAGAAGCUCUUGGUGAAAUGUGUAGUUAACUAAUUUUUUCUUAUCAAAGAUGGGAUUCUCUUCUAGCCUUCAAGGCAAAAAUUCCCACGAAGCCUUGCUGCAACGACAAGAUGCUGAGUUAAAACUUCUUGAAAACCUCAAAAGAUGGUUGGUUCUUAGGAUAAAAUGUGAUAGAGACUAUGCCAGUGCCUUAGUUUCUCUGUCUUCCAUCACAUCAAAAUUUGAAAAAACUGAAGAGCUUUCAGGGAGUUUGUUAUCGCUGGCUGUGCACACAGCAAUAGAAAAUUCUGAAACAAUUGCCAGCCUUCUAAAGCAAAAUGCAGAUUUUCUAUCAAACAUUACUCUAGAAAAGUUAAAUGCCCUUUUGAAUGACAAAAGGAAUACUCGUAAGUUUUACCAAGAAGAAUACAACAGAUUGGUUGCUGAAUCAACUGCUCUUCAGGAAUCUGUUCAUAGGGCAAAAAUUGAAUAUGAAAAAUCAGUAGAUGGUUACAAAGCAAGCUUUACCAAAUAUGAAGAAUUAACCUCAAAUCCAAAGAGUAAAGGAUCUAGUAAGAAAUCCGAAGAAGUGAUAAAAGAAAAAUUUCAACGUGCCGUCAAACGACUUCAUAUCGCCCAUAAUGACUACGUCCUUAAUCUUCUCGAAUCAGCUGACUAUGAAAGAGAUUUUCGCACUGUUCUCUUACCCGGCCUACUGGAGUUCCAACAGGUUGUCCAAGAAGACAUACUACAUCAAUGCCAUACUGUCAUAGAAGAAAUAUCGCAAUAUUCCGAUUUCAGCUCAGAGCCAUUUAAAUUACUAUUUAACAUGCUUCAAGCACGCGUGGAUGAAAUUAACCCAGAAAGUGAAUUCAAGGAGUUCAUUGAAAAAAAUAAAUCAGCUCCAAUUGCUGCUCAGCCCCCCAUUUUUGAUGCAAAACUAAGUGCGCUGCAGGAUAACAACCAUUCCAAUCCAUUGCGGCCAGACCGGGUAGCCGUCGAUGAUUUGACGUUGGAAGCACUGAAGCAGAAACUACGUUUACUGGAACAGAGACUCAGCUCCGUGCAGAACGAACUGGCACUGAAGCAAACUGCAUUACAAAAACUGGAAGCUGAAUUAAUGGCGCUGAAAAAAGAAGGGUCAUCGGAAAAAGAAUUAUCAAACAUCAGACGUCAGAUAGAAGGAUGCAGGCGGCAAGUAGGUGAAUUUCGUUGCCUUGAGCAGAAAUGGCAGCGUCAAGUAGACACGAUUGGUGAAGCCGUGACGGCCUUGUCCGGGCAAGUGCCUUCCGGUUGUGAGCUGCACCUAUCUAGCGAAUCAGUGUCGACAUCGGUUAGCCUGGAUGAACUUAAUACGCCAUCCUUAAUGACGACGGGAAACAACAAUACAUCGCUGGGUAAGCGACGAGGACAGUCUUUGGUGGAUAUUUUAAAACGGCCAUUCAGUCGUAAGUCGAUGACACCUCCAGCAUCACCGGGUAGCAGGUUGAAGGCCAAUCAGGAAACAAGAGAAGAACCAACUAUGACAAAAAUGGACGAAGCAACAGGAACGCAGUUUGUUCCGCAGGAAGGUGGUGCUGCACCUGAGUUUGAGGAGACCACCGUUCUUCCACUAAACACUCUUGCAACGCCUGUCGUAGAAAAUGGCCAGAAUCUUGAUAUCUUCCCACUUCCUCUUCCACCCACCCCGAACGCGUCGCCAAUUGCAAAUGCAAAAAUCGCUGCUGGAUUAUCGGAGAAGGAGUGGUUUCAUGGCGUACUUCCUAGGGAAGAAGUAGUUCGAUUGCUUGUGAAUGACGGUGAUUUCCUAGUUCGUGAGACCAUGCGUCAUGAAGAACGUCAAGUUGUGUUAUCAGUAGCCUGGGCUGGGCAUAAACACUUCAUCGUUCAGACGACUGCCGAAGGGCUGUAUCGAUUUGAAGGUCCAGCUUUUCCAACCGUGCAGGAAUUGAUUGCCCACCAGCAAGAAUGCGGAUUGCCAGUUACUACGAAGUCUGGUGCCAUUUUGAAGCGUUCAGUACCCAGAGAGACAUGGGAACUGAAUAAUGAUGACGUCGAACUGGUUGAAAAAAUAGGGAGUGGUAAUUUUGGAGACGUAUACAGAGCUCGAUUGCGCCACACCGGCGUAUUGGCGGCCGUUAAGACUUGCCGCCAUACCCUUCCUGACGAGCAAAAAAAGAAAUUUUUGCAGGAAGGUCGCAUAUUGAAACAAUACGAGCACCCAAACGUUGUUCGUUUUAUUGGUAUCUGUGUCCAAAAGCAACCUAUCAUGAUUGUAAUGGAACUGGUGCCAGGCGGCUCGUUAUUAAAUUACCUGCGUCAAAAAAACGUUCAGUUAACCACCAAACAAUUGAUGGCUAUGUGCGUGGAUGUCGCCGCUGGCAUGGCCUACUUAGAAUCACGAAAUUGUAUCCAUCGUGAUCUUGCUGUUCGCAAUUGCCUUGUUGGUGAAAAUAACGUUGUUAAAAUCUCGGACUUUGGGAUGUCCCGUGAAGAGCAAGAAUAUAUCGUUUCGGACGGAAUGAAACAGAUACCUAUCAAGUGGACAGCCCCAGAAGCGUUGAAUUAUGGAAAAUACACAUCACUCUGCGACGUUUGGAGUUUCGGUGUUCUUUCCUGGGAAGUGUUUUCUAGGGGUGGAACGCCGUACAGUGGCCUGUCCAACACCAGAUCUAGACAAAUGAUUAGUGCAGGCUAUCGAAUGCCUGCACCUGAAGGAACUCCUGAUGAAAUGUAUCGAUUGAUGCGUCGUUGCUGGGAAUAUGAACCUGAACGACGGCCGCAUUUCGAAGAAAUUUGUGACCUAUUGGACGAGAUGAUGAAAGAAAUGUCAUAAUAGAGAUCAAAUAAUCGAACACAAAAGUUAAAAAAGAAAAAAAAGCCAUAUAAUGAUCAAAUCAUUAAUCCCAUCACGAUUUCACUUCGUUUCUGUGUGAUGAUGAAACUGGCAAGUUGUCGCGCCAGAUGGAAGUUACGGUGCUACACGUUUUUAUUAAGUUGCAUGCAAGUUUAUAAUAGUUCUUGUUUUUGUUUUCAAAAUAUUUUAAAGCUAAUGAAAAAUCUAUUUAAAUUAUUGGCCUAAUCAAAUUGUCCUGAAUUAUACUGCCAGGUCUAACCAUUUGCAUUUGUAUUAAAAAAUAAAAAAUAAAACGUUUUUUUUUUUCA